AUGGAAGAGGAUCCUGAUUGGUGUUCAUCGACGACAGCAACACCUGGAGGAAGCAUAAACAAGGUAGAGGGUUUUUUGGUUCAAUUUUUCAGAUUAGAUUAUGUUUAAAUUUUCGAUCUGUAAUUUAUUCAAACAGCUUAACGGAGCGUUUAGAAAAAAAGCUAUGGGAAGAUUCAGAAAAAAAAUGUUUUUCUUUAAACAAAGAAUUUCUCUGUUCUUGCAAGAAACCUGAAUGUUUUUGUAAUUAUAAUUAGUCGCGUUCCGAUCCUCAAAAUGGAUAUCAGUAUUAAAAUGUUCAAAAUAUUUUUGGCAGUCGAAAGAAGAAAAAUAGGAGUAAAGCUAAAUUGUAAAUACUCCCUUCUCAGUGCUCAAUGAUUGACCAUUUUUUUCGAGUGUCUUCAAUUAACCUCUAAAAGUGAUAAGAAAAUUUUCAUGUAGUUCCAGAUCAAUUGUUUUUCAGUCAAAUGGUCGCAGAUCUCCAAAAACAAAUUUGUUAGGAAAAACAGCGCUUCCUCCAAAAAAUUCCUCAUCGUAUAUCAAGACGUCUCAGAAAGUUGAGGUAUCUAAAAAUUGAAAAAAACCUUCAAGUUAAUUAUCUGAUGGUCAGGAAGCACUUAUUCGACUUUUUUCUUCGGCUCCUCGUUGCGAAUCUCAGAGCUGCUGUCUCUACGUAGAAGGAUUGAAAACAGAUAUCCAGAGAGCGCUGACCAACCUUGGUGGCGAAAACCAAAGUGAGGAUUCGCCUCAAAGAUUAGUCCGCAGUGUUAAAGUUGUAGGGUUGGAAGAGGAAAUAAAGAAAUGUCGAAGAGAGCUUGAUGCGGCAAACGUCACGGAGAUGCUGGAUCUUCUGAGAGAACGCCGAGAAGCUUUCAGAACUUCGAGCAUAGCUUCAGCUCGCACCGAGGCUUUAGCCCAGAAACUGGUUAGUCUUUCUGUUUUUAGGACGAUCCAUAUUAAUCUGACCUUUUUUCUAUUGGAUGAAGUUAACUUUCAAUAAUAUGCAUUCUGUGUGUUUUUCCAGGAGACUCUGUUGCCUCCACGGCAAAGUCAGUUGAAGAAGUUGAUGUUUUCGUCUGCCGACAGAGCUGUUUAUAACGAGAAACUGUACACAGCAGCCAAAACUGAAAUUGCCGAUCCUAUUCCAAAUAUAUCCAUUCAGGUAUUUUGAAUUUUGAGGAUCUAGUUGUUUACAACGCGUGAAGGAGAGGAUUGAGUAGGAAGUUUUUCCAAAUCUGGCCCCAACUCUACACUAAAAAUAAAAAUCAGAUGAGUUUUGGUUUAUAAGAAGACAAAUAAUUAUCGAUUUUUCUCUCUUUGCGGUCUCGGUUAAUUUUUUGAACAGCUUUUGUCUUUUUUUUCUUGUCCUUUUAACUAUUUUUUGCUGUAAAAUUAAUUUGUUCCGAAAAAAAGAAAGACUUCGAUAAGAUAAAGCUUUUUCAGGAGCCUUCCAUCCAGAAAUCCGAAAAUCCAGUUAACUUAGCCCCAGUUUACCCAAAUCGUGAGUGACUGUCCUCAUCAAUUUUUCGCACAUUUGUCGUUCAGAAAGUCUCAAGCCCAGAGUCCUGGGUCACGACAGGAAGCCGGAACCUCAUUUGUUGCGAACCGGAGAGGCCAGAAACGCGGGAUCUCGUCCCAAUGACGUAAUUUAUCUCGACGAAUCGUCUCUUGUUCGAGUUUCCCCGCCCCGUAAAAGGGCAGCGGAUAUUGUUAUCAAUCACCAUACCGCCAAACUUCAAGUGCUCCCCAACGUUAGUUUCAUUUCAGAUUAGUCAAUGUGAGAAUGAAAUUUUAAGGGCCAAACGAGGUUCGUUGUUCCAACUGUAAUUACUCGACACAGCAGCAUUCCUUAUUCUCGAGUGACUUUGGUUUGUCUUCUUUUCUCAUUCAAACGAGAUAUAUAAAUUUCUUUGUUCUCAGGGUGAGUUGCCCGAUUAUCCAGGAGCUUUCGGCAACUAUUUGUCUCCAUUAGCAGAUGUUAUCGUCAAAUGGGACGAAAAAGGUUCUUUUUUUUUUGGAAUACGAACUUCAAUACUUUUUGUAGAAUUUCGCAGAACUCACUGUCUUACUGCACUCGUUCGAUAUCAAGGGAAUCGAGUUGUGGUAGGUUUUUUUUGCUAUGAAAAAAUUUGAUCAGCGUUUAGUUUGGAGGGGAAAAUUUUUCCUGGUAAGAGUACCUCUUUUUUCCGCAUGAUAAGGCUUCUCUUUCAAGAAUAUUUUUUUUUGAACAUCAGAAUUUUCCUUGAUUUUUUAAGAUGUUCUCUAUGCUGUUUUUGGCAAAAAAAAAACUUUUGAUAAAUAUUUUCUGAGCUUGAUAAAAAAACUUUUUUUUGUGCCCGUAUCGCCUUCUGAUUGGAGUGAAAUGCACCAUAGGCAGAGUCGGAAGGACCAUUUACGGCCCCAUUGAGCGUCCCUUUUGGCUUAGGCUUAGGCUUUUGGCUUUCCAAAUUGUUCCUAAACGUGUGGCAACGGUUUCCUUUUUACAGCAUUUGCCGUCCUUUUAUAGACAUCGAUCUACCCUUUUUGGACCUUUUAGAGAAACACGGAAUUUUUUGAAUUUAGAAUAAUCUUUACCAGUGAUUUUGUAUGAACCUAAAUCGGAAAUCAUCAAUGGCUGAGACUUCCUGCACCCUUUUUGUACCCUUAUUCUUCACCUUUUUUGAGGCUUUUUUAGCCCACCUAGAAUGAAAAGCUCAAUAAAGCCCGCAAAACGGAACCCUUCUAGCGACCAUUUUCCAUUCACUCCCUUUCUGUGCUCCUACUUUGGCAGUGACUGCACUUGAAUCUUAGGAUGUUCUCGGCGAUAUUUUUUCUUCUUCAGAAAAUGCAAGUGUUGAUGAAAUGCGAGGCGUUCGCCGCAUUCGGCAAGGCGUUCAGCGGAGAAGACGUCUGGCCGUGGACGGCUAGCCGCACGAUUCAGACGGCCGAAAGCACGCGUUUCACAUUCAAGUUCCACAUGAGUUGGUCUUACUCAAGUUCUUGACGUCUUCACGUGAUUCCAGGCCAAAAGUUUCCUGAAAUUGAAAGAUUCAGUUUCUUCGCUUUGCUUUUCGCGGAUGACGGCGCGAUCAUGACUUCCAGGGUAUUCUUUUUAUUUUUCAUCUCGCAAUUAAUCCAAUUCUUGUUACAGAUGCAGUCCUAUUUUCUUUCCUAG